UCAAUUAUUCCUCAUCUUUCUCCCAAAUGGCAAAUCAAUGGCUCAAUAUGUACAAUCAAAACAACCUUUCAAACACUCAACUCCCCUUUCAUCUCUCCCAUCACGAUCACCUCAGUUCAAACAAUAACUCCGAUGUAGUUUCUGAUUCUACCGUCGUCACUACCGCCGUCUCCUCCGCCAAUACCCCACCAGCCUCAUCAUCCGGUCUGAACCCAGAUGGAACCCGAGUUGCCAAGCCGGUCCGGAAGAGGUCCAGAGCCUCUAGACGGACCCCAACUACUUUACUCAACACGGACGCCGCAAAUUUCCGAGCUAUGGUCCAGCAAUUCACCGGCGGCCCCUCUAACGCUAAUAAUAACCUCCACAAUUUUGCCACAUUCGGCUUCCCCUGUAAUUCCCAAACCCUUUUCGACCCGGCUUCCGCCGCCGCCUACCAGGUCCAAGAUCCGGCGCAGCAGCAGUCGGUACUCCAAUUCCAAAACCAGCCACCGCCGCCGCUUAUGUUCUCGUUGAGUAAUUCGGGAGGCGGUGAUGCGUUUUAUCAACAAGGUGGAGGAUCGAGAAGUAACAACAACAACAAUAACAUAAAUUACACGGGGGGUUUUUGAUGGGUCUUCUCCGAGGACUCUAAAUCAUCGCCCGGCUAGACUCCGGUGCAGCGGCGGGAUUUCGACGGUAGUUUUUAUUUUAUUUUAUUAGUUAUAAUUUAAUUUUUGGGUGGAGCUUAAAAGGAGAAGUUAGGCACCGAAGUCGUCUGAUUAAGAUGGCAUUUUUCUUAAAAUUUUUUGAUUAUGGUGUGUAUACGAUUCGGAAAGUUGGUGCGUGCGGCACGUUUCUAGAUACUUUCACACGUGUCAAACCCCUUUUUUGUGUUAUUUUUUUUUUCUUUUUUUGGAGUCGCACGUGUGAACUAUCUCCAAUUGCCACGUUCUCAUUCCACCCACCGUAUGUUUAAUGUAUGCCGUUGCCGUGUUUGGAAUCCCUUCUUGUUAAUUAUGUAAUCUUACUAUUAUUAUUAUUAUUAUUAUUUAUUUUUAGGAAAUUUUAUUUUA